GCUUCAAAGGCUUUAAAAUUAUGUUGCAGAGCAUCUUGGAAAUGUGUUUUACAUCUUUGUGAGAUGUUUGUAGAGAAAUCAGAUGUCUUUCAUGGUGAUCUAUCAGAAGAUGCUAUUGUAGGUUUUGUCACCGAGGCAUGUUCCAAAAGUGCAUUUCUUUUGGAUGUACUUUCUCAAUAUGACAGUAAGAAGGUAAAUAGAAUCAUUGGAGAGAGUCUUGAAAGCUGGUCUGCUGCUCAAAACUUGUUUGAAGAACUUCCAAGUCCUAAAGCUUUGGUGAUGCAGUGGGUGAAGGAGCUUCUAGCAUAUAAAGAAAUGAAUGCUUUGAACCCAAGAUUUUGUCGAAGAAUGCGAAUGGAUAUUAUAGGCAUCCUCCUAGAAGUGGUGUAUGUGAUGAAAGAUAGCUGUUUACAGAAAUCGCAAAUUCUGUUAACAAAAGGAAGGGAAUUAAGAGCCUGCGGAAUCAAAGGUCUGGAUGAGUGCAUUCCGUGUCUGUCAGCAGCCAUCUCUACAUUGAAUGAGGUGUGUGGUGAAACAUUUAGCUGCAGUAUUCAAGUUCGUCAUCAGUUAGCUGAGGCAUAUUGCUUACGUGCUCUGUGUACUCAAGAGGCUGAACCAAACUCAAAGCAACUUUUUCAAGAUAUUCGUGCUGCACUAAAUCUAUGGUCGAGUCCAGAUCAUUGCCAUGAAGCUGAACACAGCAAUAUGAUUCCUGAAAACACCUUGAUUUUGUUGUAUAAUGUUGUUGAUUUGUUAUCGGUUAAGGGGUGCAUGAACUUUCAUCCUGAAGUAUUUGAGAUAUUGAUCAGAUUGUUUAAAUGGAAGGGUGUUCCAUUGGAGAAAUGUUUGGCUAUGCUGUGGGAAUACAGAAGGCUUGGCCAUGCUCUUUGUGCUUCCUCUGUAAAUGAGUCAUUUAUCACAACUUUGUCACGGCAUUGUGGUGAACUUUCACAGUCCAUUGAUUUUUGGAUAAGCUGUAUGAAAGGAUCAGAGGCACAAGGAGUGGGGUUUCAGCAGAACUUCAGUUUGAUGUUCCAAUCAGAUAUCAAAGUUGAAGAAGUCAAGAAGGCUGCUUCUGAACUUCUUUCUAGUGUGAGAUCCUUUUUGCUAGCAAUAAAGUCUAAUUUCCCCUCAAAAUUUAGGUUGAAGCAGGUCUCUUACUACCAAUUUUUUUCCUUUAAUGUUAGGUCUCUUUACCCAGUGGUUCAGCAUUUACUGCUGCGUAUCUGUACCAUGACUUGUCUGAGAAAUUGGUUUCAAGUGGAAGACUAA